UCUAUAUCUACUUCUUCUGAUCUUGUCGUUUAAUGGCCCCAAAAUAACAUAUGCAUAGGAGUGUUCGCCUUAUUAUAAAAUGAGUUCAGUAUAAUUCAUAUCAUCACACUUGAAACUAUAUCAUCAUAUAUCAUUAGUUUAUUAUAAAAGAAUAGAUAUAAAGUGACAGCGAAACUAUUUCCAAAUUUGUGCAAAGUUCCGAUUGAGUAACUUGAAUUUUUACCAUUAAAUCAUCCAGCCGAGUCCUAAUUUUCAAGGAUCAAAAAACAUUUUGCCAAUAAUUACACUCCAAAAAUGACCACUUACGAGAAAGGUGCUGAGCCCGAAUGUGGAAAAUAUUUAGCUUUCGAUCACAUUCGAUUCUGGGUGGGAAAUGCUCUUCAGGCUGCUUCUUUCUACUGUACACGAUUGGGGUUCGAACCCUAUGCCUAUCGGGGCCUAGAGACAGGGAGUAGAGAAACUGUCGCACAUGCUGUCAGGCAGAAUAAGGCCAUUUUUGUGUUUGAAAGCGCCCUAGUUCCCGGAAACGAAGAAAUGGGCGAACAUCACAAGAAGCACGGAGAUGGCGUCAAAGACGUCUCGUUCACAGUCGACGACUGCCGAGCGGUGUUCGACGCCUCUGUCAAACGAGGAGCCCAAGUCGUGCGUGAACUCUGGACAGAGUCGGAUCAGUUCGGGUCAGUGACCUUUGCCCAGGUCAAGACAUAUGGUGAUACAAUUCACACAUUUGUAGAGAGGAAACACUAUGAUGGAGUGUUUUUACCCGGAUUCAGAAAAUCAGAAGUCAACGAUGCUUUACUACCCAGGCUUCCUCCUGUAUGCUUGAAUUUCAUCGAUCACGUGGUGGGCAAUCAGCCCGAGCAGCAGAUGGUGGAUGUGGCCGACUGGUAUGAAAACAUUCUGCAGUUCCACCGAUUCUGGUCUGUAGAUGACAGACAACUGUCCACUGAAUUCAGUGCUCUGCGGAGUAUUGUGGUGACGAAUUUUGAGGAGACGGUUAAGAUGCCAAUCAAUGAGCCCGCCCCUGGGAAGAGGAGGAGUCAGAUCCAGGAGUACGUGGACUACUAUGGGGGUCCCGGGGUGCAGCACAUCGCCAUAAACACAAACGACAUCAUUUCUGCGGUGAGUGCGUGUCGCGAGAGGGGCAUGAAAUUCCUCAGUGUGCCGGACACUUACUACGAACAGCUGAAGGAGAAGCUACAACACUCCAAGACAGUCAUCAAAGAAGACAUCGACAAGCUCAAGGAGUUGAAGAUUCUGGUGGAUUAUGACGAAGGCGGCUACUUGCUGCAAAUAUUCACCAAACCAGUCCAGGAUAGACCCACCCUCUUCAUUGAGAUCAUACAGAGGAACAACCACCAGGGCUUCGGACUAGGAAACUUCAAGGCUCUCUUCGAAGCUAUCGAAGCAGAUCAAGCUGCCAGAGGAAAUCUGUCUUGAACUCGCUCAAUUUGGUUUUUAGAAGUCUGCAUUGUCUUCAUUUGGUAAUAUUAUACAGCCAGGGAGUGUCAUGUUCUAUCUAGUAUUUCUUCAGUAUUGUAAAUUUAAUAUUUCUAUGGCUCCAUCA